AUGUCAGCACGCGACUACACAGACUCUGAAUCAGAGGUCGACGAAGGCGCCGCCCACAUUGCCGAGUCGGUCGUGUCAACGCCUGGCGGAUCGCCUACACGAGGUGGUAAUGACGGAGGUUUCCGCAUCACACUGCGCCCCAGUAUGGGCCACCUCGCGGACGGCGGCAACGGCGAGUCAUCUUCCCCACUCGCAGACAGGAGUUCAGCAUCCCCUCCUCCUCCCAUCCGUCUCAAGCUCGGCAUGAAGAACGCGCGCAGCCAUCCCGUCUACUCGGACAGCGACGACGAGAGCGACGCGGCCACGUCGACCCCAGCUCCCAAGGGCAAGUCCAAGAGCAAGAGUGAGGAGACCGACGUCCACCGCUCGCCACCGCAGAAGAAGCAAAAGACCGGCAAGGCCAAGCCGCGCUCGUCGGGCUCGACGUCUGGCCCGACCCUCCCAGCCCAGCACCGCAAGCAGUACGACUGGCUGCAGCCAUCCUCGGCGUCGGCGUCGCACCAUGGCCCCCCGGAGCGCCUGCACUCGCACCCUGCCUCGAGCAUUGCCGACCCGGACGAGGCGCGGCCAAGCGGCGACGACAGCGCCCGCGAGUCCGUCCCUCCCCCCACCGACAAGGAGCGCAACAGCGAGGCCAGGAGCGAGAAGGGAUCCGAGAAGAAGAAGACUCCCGCGCGCCGGCGCGGCGCCGAUGCCCCUCCUGGUCCAGGCAAGAACUGGCGCAAGGGCAUGAAGAAGGGCGACCCAAUUCCGUGGAAGGAUGGCGCGACGUUCUUGGGCGAGCCCAAGAUGCGCUCCUCGCCGCUGGGCACGCCGGCGCAGCGUGCCAGCAUGAGUCGGGACGUCUCCCCCGAGCCGAUUGACGCCAUCCUCUUCGCCGCGGCGUCGCGUAUCGACCGCGAGCCCUCCCCGCCCUUUGUCCUCGCCGACGCCAAGGUGCUCGGUAUCCCAGUCUUCAAGAACCCCAUUGUCACGCCCAAGAUUCCCCUCGGCACCUUCCCCAAGGUCACAUCUUUCUUUGCGCCGUUUGACAACAAGCCGUUCCGCAAAGAGACAGUGUGCGCUUGGACCAAGGACGAGCGCACGAUCACAGGUGUCGGUGGCCACAUGCUCAAGUUCAAGACGUGGCGGCCGGGCCCGCAGUCCGAACUCGGCGCCGUGCUCCAGGCGCAAAAGGAGGCCGACCGCGCAGCCAAGGAGGCCAAGAAGAAGGAAAAGGACGGCAACGCCUCGACCGUGGAGGCCACACCCGAACGGCCCAUGUUCACACACAGCAACAGCGCAGACAGCCUCACCGCCGGCGUGCCGCCCGCACCCGGGUCUGCGGCCGGCGAUGACGUGGGCGACCGCGACGACGGCGCCUCGGAGAUGGGCGACGACGACAGCGUCGCUGGUAACCUCAGCAUGCGCGAGUCGCCCAUCCCCGCCGCGCGCAUCCAUCACGGCGGCCAUGGACGCGGCGGCGCGAGCAAGCGUGGCAGACCCCGCAAGUCCAAGCUCGCCCAAGAGAUUAUCUUGCCCACCGAGGAAGAGGGCACGCCCGCCAGCCCAGGCCUCGACGCCAGCGCUGAACCGUCUGCCGCUGCAGAGGGCGAUAUGUCGGACGAAAAGCCCGCCAUCCCUGCCUAA